CCUGGAAACCAUUCGUCUCACUGAUAGAAGCCUUCUACAUACUCAGAGAAUUAGCAAGGAUGCACCUUCUUGGACCUCCUGGUGUGAGGCAUACAAUACUUGUAAUUUGCUUCCUAUACGCGGCUGAUGCAUGGUCAUCACACUUUAUUACACUACCCCAAUAUAUAUGCCCUGGAGUUAACACUACUCUUGCCGUACAUGUAUUUGGAACAAAUUACUCUGAAAUGACUGUGAUUGCUGAAAUUGCUGAUCUACAAAGAAAUGUGUUAGCAAAUGCUAGCAGUAUCUUCUAUAAUGAUACUAUUGGAUUGCUUACUAUUCCUGCAAUUCCAGUGAAUACUUCAGCCUCUUCCUACAAUUUAUCUGUCAGGGGCUUAGCUCAGAAUAAUUUGAUUUUCUCCAAAGAAACUACAUUGGAAACUCAAAAAAGAACUACAUAUUCUUUCAUACAAACUGACAAGGUUUUUUAUAAACCUGGACAAAAAGUCAAAGUCAGGGUGAUUUCUAUUGAUCGUGAUCUGAUGCCUUACAAUGGACUGGUGGAUAUUUUAAUAAUGAACCCUGAAAAUAAUAUCAUCCAACAAUGGCAGAACCUGUCAACAGAUCUUGGGGUUGUAUCUAUUGAGUUUAUGCUGUCUACCAAUCCCAUGCUUGGUUCCUGGAAAAUACAAACUACAGUAGAUAAUAUGGAGACCACUGGAUUUUUCACAGUUAGUGACUAUGUUUUCCAAAGGUUUGAGGUUAAAAUAAAAACCCCAGCUUUCUAUGUUGAACACAAAAAGCUGAAUCUUGAAGGAACAGUUACGGCAAAAAACAUCUUUGGAAAAUCAAUAAAUGGAAAUGUAACGGUAUCUCUGAACUCAUUGUAUUAUAAUUACAUGUCUACCAAUUCUAUCAAUAAAACAUACACGAUUUCAGGAUCUGCAAAUUUCAGUUUCACAUAUGAAGAAAUAUCAUAUUUGUUGAACUGGGGUGGAAUAAACAUUACAGCCUCGGUAACCGAAGAUUUUACAGGUAUUGUAACACAUGGAUUAUCACAAGUUGAAAAAACUGACUCUGACUACACACUUUUCAUAGUUACUGAACCAAGAGAAACUACACCAGGUCUCAAUUUCACAGCCCAGCUGCAGGUCCUGAGAUUUGAUAAUGCAUCUCUAACAGAAGAAGAGAGAAAUAAAAUUGUUACAGUUAAAAUUAUUCAGUCAACUACUGAAUUCUGGUUUUCAGAAUUAUUUUCUAAUGCCUCACUAGACAAUGUCAGUUUGACUACACCAUCAUCCAAUCCAGGAAGUGUAAUUGUGCGAGAAUACACCACCCCAGAAUCUGGAAUUAUCAAUAUUUCGUUUCCAAUAAUUCAGUCUGUACAAGUGAUAAAGAUUGAGGCUCAGUACCAAAAUACCACUCAGAACUGGAUCCUGGAAAAAAGUGGUAGAUUAAAUGGUUAUGCUCAAAUAAGAAUUUCAAACUCUGUGAAAAAGGUUGGAGAAACAUUUCAGGUUGAAGUUAAUACCCUACCAAAGAGUCAGAAACUAUAUUAUACGGUCAUGGCGAGGGGAGUAAUUGUUUUUGUUGGACAAACCACAAAUUCAUCAUUCACUCUUACUCCAGAACACUCGUGGACUCCACAAGCUACCAUAAUAAUUUAUUUUAUGAUCAACAAUGGGGAAGGUGGAGAUAUAAUGCAAACAUCUGAAACAAUUCAUAUCCAAGGACUAUUUCAAAACAAGGUUUCCUUGUCUUGGAGUACAAACUUAACACAACCGUCUGAAAAUGUUUCAUUAGCUGUGAAUGUGUCAAAACCUUGCUCUUUGGUGGGAGUGUGGGUGACUGAAAGAAUAUCCGAUUUGGAAGAAUACAGAAAUUAUUUUACUGCAAGCAGAGUGGAAAGUGAAAUUAUUGCAAAUACUGAGGGUCUAGGCAACACUCUGAGUGAUUUAAUGAUCAAUUAUGCUAACUUUCCAUCUGAUGAACUGAUACCCAUUUCCAGAAUUUUCGAAAGAGUAUCAUAUGCACCUAUUCGUAACAAUGCAUUUAAUCCAGAGACGUGGCUUUGGCUGGAAACCAACAUUAGUUCUGGUGCCACAACUAAUCUUCAAGUGACUACUCCUCAAACUAACAGUACUUGGAUGGCGAGUGCAUUCGUUAUUUCUGAGGAACACGGACUUGGAUUUACAGAGGAAAGCGUUGAGAUGGAAGUAUUCCAACCUUUGUCCAUGAUGAUAAACCUACCAUACUCUGUUGUAAGAAAUGAACAGUUCAUUCUGGAAGCUGUCCUUUUUAACACUCUCCCAGAAAACAGGGAGGUGACAGUUACAUUAAAAAACAGUGACUUGUUUGAAGUAAUUCUCCCUCGUAAUGAUCCUAGUACCAUUGACGGCCUAAUUAAUGUGAUUGUUCCCAGUCAUGACACAAAAAUUGUUCAAUUUCCAAUAAACCCCAAAAAGCUUGGUGAAGUCUCAAUGACCGUGACAGCAAUUUCAUCUGAAGAGUCUUAUACUGUAACGCAAAACAUAUUUGUAAAGGCUGAAGGAGUGAAGCGUUUUUAUACAGAGACUGCAAUUUUUGAUUUAGCUGGUGCUAAAGCUCAGACUGAUCUGAAGUCUUUCUUGUUCACUUUUCCCAAUGAAAUGGUAAAAGAUAGUGAGGAAGCAUUUAUCACAGUUCAUGGGGACCUUCUUGCACCUUCAAUAGAUGGUCUUGAGUCACUGAUCCAGAUGCCAUGUGGUUGUGGAGAGCAAAACAUGAUUAAUUUUGCACCAAAUAUCUAUGUUCUUCAUUAUCUGAUAGCAGCUCAAAAGCUAAAGGAGGAUAUUAGAACGCAAGCCAUUAACUUCAUGAUAUUAGGUUACCAAAGGGAAUUAUCUUAUAAGAGAAGUGAUCAUUCAUUUAGUGCUUUUGGAAACAUUGAUGAUUCUGGGAGCACCUGGCUUACUUCAUUUGUGCUUAGAUGUUUUCUUCAGGCUCGACCUUUUAUUUUCAUAAGUCAAGAUGUUUUAGAUCAAAUGGUACAAUGGUUGGUGCAGUGCCAGGAUAUAAGCACUGGGAUAUUCUCUGAACGUGGGAGGAUUAUUCAUACAGAACUUCAGGGUGGAUUAAAUGGACCCAUCACACUUACUGCCUAUGUUGUAACUUCUCUGCUUGAAGAUGAAGACUACCGUCAUCAGUAUGAUUUUCACAUUAAUAAAGCACAACAAUAUCUUGAGAGCAAGUUUGAUCAAGGAAUUUCUAGUAACUAUGUCUUGUCUGUGGUUGCAUACGCCCUGACCAUGGCCAAUAGCACUAGAGCAAACAAAGCUCUUACGCAACUUAAUUCCAGAGCAAGCAACACUGAAGGGUUGCAAUACUGGCCUUCGUCAUCUGGAACAACAAACUACUGGCAGCCACAGUCCGCAGAAAUUGAGACAGCAGCUUACGCAUUACUUUCCCACUACAAACAGAAUCGCAUUUUGGAGGGUAUUCCUAUAAUGAAAUGGCUCAGUCAGCAAAGAAGCCAUCUUGGAGGAUAUUCAUCCACUCAGGAUACCAUAAUGGCCCUUCAGGCUUUGGCCCAAUUUCUGAGUGUGCUUCCAACAGGCGAAACUUCCUUAAAUAUAACAGUUACUGGCUCUAGAUCAUUUGUGCCAAUAACAUUUCAGAUCAACAAUGACAAUCUUUUGGCUUUACAAAGUCAGCAGAUCACGGUUUCUCAGCCACUUUCAAUCAACGUUUCUGCGGUAGGAAGAGGGAGAGCAAUUUUCCAGUUAAAUAUAAAUUAUAACCAGAGGGAGUCCCUGAGGAAUAGAAGAAAUGUACCUGAAUCUGAAGAAUUCACCUUAGAUAUCACAGUUAAUGAUGAUCAAAAUAACAUUCAGUGGAUUUCUGUGGAUGUAUGUGCAAGCUAUCAAGGGACGAAGGAUGAAAGUGGAAUGAUCCUUUUAGAUGUUGGUUAUUUAAGUGGAUUUACUCUUGGUCCAGAAGGAAUUCCCUUAUCUGGGUCUCUUAAAUUGGUGGAAACAAAAGAAGACAGAGUAUAUCUAUACUUUGAUAUGAUAAGCAAAACACCAGUUUGUGUGUCUGUCCCACUUGUACGUGUGGCGACUGUAGCUUAUUCUCAGGAUGCUGUGGUCACAAUUACGGAUUAUUAUAACCCAACAAACAAAGUGACAAAAACGUAUAAUUCAGAGACAAUGAAAAAUAUUUCCCUUUUUGACUUUUGUGGAUUCAAUUUUACUCUGUGUACAUCCAAUUUGUUGGUGAAUGCACAACCCACACCACAAAGCACUGUGUAUGGAAAUUCACAAACCACCAUACAGAGGAAUCCAAAUACAACCACGCAAGGGAAUCUAAAAACCACCAAUCGGGGCAAUGCACAAACCAUAGUGCACGGAAUACCACAAACUACCAGCAGUGCUACUGUAUCAAACUUCCGUGUGUAUGGGUUCUUCAUACUUUGUAUUUAUUAUAUUUUGUUUUGCUAGUUGUAUUAUAUCACAGUUCUUCUUUGAUUAUUAUGAGAACUGAAUUGCUAGAGCCUAUGAAGUGUAAUGCAUUUGUGUAACAGUUAUAAAGUACAAUUAUAUUAAUUUGUUAAAAAUCAAUAUGAUCAAAGUUGAUGAGUUUUGUGAACAAGAUAUACAUUAAAUGCAUGUAUGUAGUUAUACCAUAAAACAAAUCUAUGUUAUUAUGGUACGAGUCUUUAAACUUUAAAUAUUAUUUCAAUUUUUACAAAUUAUUUUAAAUGGUAGAAUCUAAAGCAUUUUUUAGGAUACCUCUGGCAUUUUGAGAUACUGCUUGAUUGUUUUACAGUUUAAAGC